AGAUAACACCCGAUUCAUUUCUUGAAGGGAUAGUUCCGUUUUAAGGGGAAAAACUCAUUCUCGUAGAGAUGUGCACAAAGAGUCGAUACGAUUUUCACAUACCUAACAUCCGUGAGAAAAGAUAUGGUUCGAAAAAGUUAAACGAGGAAAGAAACGAUUGGGAUCAAGUGGAAGAUAUGGAUGGUCACGUGUCGUUCUUGGAGCACUAUUGCACAUUCUCAUGCUUGGCUACUGAAAUUCCAGAAUUUAGGGCUAGCUCUAUAAUCUUCAUGGACUUGUGGGGAGGAUCUAGCUCGUAUGAACAUGAAAGCAUUCUCGUGUUUGAAUCCAAUGAGCAAGGCGUAAGAUCUUGGAGAGAUAAACCGGAGUAUAUAGAGCUGUUUCCAUUUCCCCCUGGUUGGUCAAGAGAAGAAGAAGAAAUGGGGAACUGGUCGGAGUUGCCACUAGAGAUCAUCCACAUGAUAUCUGUGAGAAUUGACAACCCCUUCGAUCUGAUCCAUUACCGAUCGGUAUGUUCCUCGUGGCGAUCCUCGAGCCUUCUCACAUUCCGACCAGUUCCAUCACUUAGAUGUCCUGUUCCACCAGAUGCCGGGGGAGAUGAUUGUUAUAUCUCGAGGAGUCGUGUUUAUCUGAUCAAGUCUCUUUCUAGCGUACCUUUCCAAUUUUGGUUGUUUAAGCUACUAGAAGAGGAGAAUGGAGAACUUGCUCUGCACAUUUUGUUCAGUAGAAGAACCUCCUCUGUGUGGGGAUGUUCAUAUCCAAGUUUGUCACUUGACUUGCUCAACUCUCAAGUCGUUGAGCUAGCUCAAGAACAUGUUGCUUGUUACACCUCUUGGUGCGACCUUUUCGAUGAUGAUUUUGCGAAUAAAGAAGGAAAAAAUAUUGGCUUUAUGCAGUUAGAUGCAGAGAACAAGGAAUUUAUGAUUAUGCGAAGACUCUCAAUCCAGGGACUUGGCAUGUAUAGGUCAUUUGAUAAUUGUUGGACCGAGAUCGAGAUAGAACCUGAUCGUUUUCUAGAAGCAGUAGCGUCGUAUAACGGACUAUUUUAUGCCAUCGAUUCUACUGGAGUAAUGAUAGUGGUAAAGCCAUCUCUAGAAGUGAACUCGUUUCAGCGGUCGAGGCCUUGUGAUAAGACAAGGAAACGUUGGCUUGCCAAGUUGGAGGAGAAACUCCUACUAGUAGAGAUCUGCACCGAAAGCCAAAAGGAGUAUCUCACACCAAAACUCCUAGCGGAAAAGGGAUGGUUCGAGAUUUCGGAGUUAGACGAGAAGAGAAACGAUUGGAUUCAAUUGGAAGAUGUGGGUGGUCACGUCUUGUUCUUGGACUGCCAUUGCUCUUUCUCUUGCCUGCCUACUCAAAUUCCGGGUUUUAGACCCAACUCUAUAAUUUUCGAGUGUCUUUAUGGAUCUUAUAGACAUAAAGAUUUUCAGGUGUUUGAAUUUGGUGAGCAAGGUAUUAGAUCUUUUGAAGAUAUCUCCGAGUAUGCUCAACUUAAGUCGUCUCCACCAUGGAUAGUUUCUAAUGGAUGAUUGAUAAUCGAUCACAAAACAUAAUUGAAACAAAAAUGUUUGUCGUCA